UUACUGUACAACUUUGUUACAAAAUGUUUUCUAAGGUCGUGAUUUUCCUGGCUGUUGUCGCUGUUGCUGUAGCGCAAUACGGCUAUGAACACGGAGCAGCUUACUCGUCUCAACACAUCUCUCGUCACGACGGACAUCCUGACAUAGUGAACGUGCACGGUCAUCAAAUGGACUACUCUACACACCCUAAGUAUACCUUCGAGUACAAAGUGGAGGAUCACCACACGGGUGACAUGAAGUCUCAACACGAGAGUCGCGACGGUGACGUGGUGAAGGGCGUGUACUCGCUGCACCAACCGGACGGAUCUGAGCGGACCGUGCACUACCACGGUGACCACCACACCGGAUUCCAUGCUGACGUGAAAUACGAUACUCAUCAUAUCGUUCCGAAGCAUCAUUAUUAAAUGAAGUCAUGAUUGUGUCAGUCUAAUUAACCGUAUGUUGUAAAUAAAAAAAUUCCAAUUAUU